UUUCCGUGAAUUUCCUUAUCAAAUUUGUUUUAAAAAAAACAUUAGUGUUCUGCUUAUAGGAACAAAUCUCAUGAUCAUCACUGGUUUUUCUUCAGGUUGAUUUGAACACUUCAUCCUUCGAUCCGAGAGCUUCAAAAUUUGUAGGGUUUUGAGAGAGAGAUGGGACUGAGUUCUAGCGAUGGCAUCGGAAGGAACCAGGGCCACUCCUUGUUGCAGGCUGCUCAAACGACGGAGCAACCGAGAGCUUUGUCGAUGAAGAGGCGGCGUCAACAAAACCAGCUGCCUGAAUCGGAGCCGCCGUUGAACUGUCCGAGGUGUGAUUCUUCCAACACCAAGUUUUGUUAUUACAACAACUAUAACAAGUCGCAACCUAGGUAUUUCUGCAAGACUUGUAAAAGACAUUGGACUAAAGGCGGCACUCUUCGCAACGUUCCCGUCGGCAGUGGCCGCAAAAACAAGCGGAUCAAGAUAUCUGAUGCUGCGUCUGCCACCACAAGCUCCGCCGUAUCCGGCGUUAUCAGUAGGCUCGAUGGAGUUUUCAUGGCUUCUUCUACCAUGUCUCAAGGCUUACAGUUUCCGUUUUCGAGUUUGAGUUCUUUCGAGAAAUCUCCAUCUGCGAUAUCGACCUCAUUUCGAUCUUCGAGCAUCUAUAAUUACAGCGGGGAUACAGUGGAGGAUCAAACCAUCAUCAUGCCCGUCAUAAGUGGCACUAAUUCACAGACAUGGCAAGAACCUAUUUCGAGCAGCGGCAUUCAAAUGGCGAAUUGGUACUGGGAUUGGAAUGAUAUUGAUGAGCUUGUCUCUACGGAUCUAAACAUUCAAUGGGAUGAUUCUCAGAUCAAACCAUGAAAAAGAAAGUUCUUUCUUUUAUAUAU